GCAAUAAUUAUGAUCGAAUUUGCCAGGCUUUUUUCUUUUGUUAUCAUUUAGUCUCUCCCCACCUUAACCCUCAUUCUUUCAUUUCUUUUCCCUUUAUUCUAUCACAUUUGAACGUCUUUCGUUGAUGUUUCUGGAUGCUUGUUCGAUUGAUUGAUGUUUUCCCGCGGUUCAUGGGUCUCAUCAACCCUUUCACGGGUUGGGUUUGUAAACUCCCUAUUUGCAUUCGAACCCGGAGUUUUGCCGUCACUUCCCUCUCGUCCCCCUUCUCUCUUGCUUAUCCUUUUUUUUUUUCGGGAAGUGGGAGGUGGGAGUCUUUACGGAGUGGACUUGGACUUGGUAUUGGUUUGUUUUUGGGGGUUAUGAAAGCCUUCGUUCAUGAGCUUGCAGGAUUUCCCCCCUCCCUUCAACUAGUGUUUUUCGUUGUGAUGUCUCUUCUACUUUCUUUAAUGUUCCCCCCUUUUGUGAAUGCCCUGGUCUAUAACCCCCUUGUUUCACUCCACCGCCGAUAUUCUUUUGAUCUUCCUCAUUUUCUUUGAUUCCUCUGGUCUCGCCCGUAUGAUCUAUCCGAUCUGUCAUGUGGACGAAUUUGGGCGCCUGCACUUCGAGCACGUCAUCACAUUAGCAUCCUGUCUCCUGUUAGACACCCACACUCGUUGCGAAGUCAAUCGAUCGUCUAUCUGAGCCCCCUGGUUAUGAUACAGCCUUGCGCCGCAAACCAGACUGUUAGGCGCAUGAUUCCGCUGAGUAGACCAC